AGUAGUUGGGAAAAUAAAAGCAAAAAGUUUUGCAUUACAAAUUUGAAGUUUAUACUGCAUCAAACUACAUAUUUAUUUUCUUAAAUUCUUUUUUUUUAUAUACAUAAGUAUAUAUAUACAUUGUGUUGAAUCCAGAAAGUUACAUACGCAGAAGGAAUCGAUCGAUUUAUAACCACAGGACUCAUGGCUUUUCGUUCAAAGGAUCUGGCGAGACUUCCCGUGCGCUUUGUCUUAUACACGAUUCAUGUCUACUUGCUAAAUCUUACAUCUCUAAUGCUGAUGACAUGUGAACUUUUCAAGCUUUGGCUAUCGCUGAUGUCGUCUUGCCAAAUCCACAUUGACUGGCUGAAGCUAGAAUAUGGCACUAUUUCCAUCUUUGUGUGGCUAUUGAAUUCCAUAUCCCUUUGGUUGGCGCUUCUGGAACUUUCAUCAGAACUGACAUUGUGGCUGAUGCGUAAACCUGUCUCGGUGUUGGCCCAACUAACAAGUAUAUUUCGAAUUUGCGCUAACGGACACAGGCUGAUCAAUGUGCGACCACUAUAACUGCCCACCAUUACCAUCUCCAGCUGCUGCACCAUCAUCGCCAUCGACCAGAGUCCUUGUCAUUGCCGCGUCGAAAUCCACAAAUUAUUCGUAGAGCGCAAUAAACGCUGGGACCACGGCAAGUGCAUGAAAUUUAAUGCCCGGUUUUGUGGACUCAGUCAGAUUCACAUUA